GGAGGGCUGCCGCUAGGCUGCCCUGCCCACAGCAAGGCGAGCAAGGCGAGCUCGGAGUCGCGUCGCGUUGCGUCGCCUGGGCGUCGCGUUGCGUCGCGGAGCGUCGCGCGGCUCGGCGCGGUGGAGAAGGCUAGGCCCCCCCAGCCUAGGACCCAGGCUCGGCUCCGGCUCGACUCCGCUCGACUCGGCGGCGCUAGGCUCGGCUGCGCGAGUGGGGUCGCCUGUUCUCUCGCACGGCCUCGCGUCAGAGGGUGUCGAAGGGGUCGCAGGAGAGCGGCCCAGCAGCGGGCCAGGAGCGCGGAGCUGUGGGCCCCGUACUCGUGGGAAUGCUCCCCCACAACUUCCCGAGCUGACCGGCCUCCCGCAGAGGAAGAUGACCCCACGAUACGUUCCGCCCCACCAUGUCCGGCCGUCAUGACAAGUGCAUCUUGCUCACCCUCAUCGCCGUGCUCCACUGCGUCGCGAUACCGUCCGUGGAGUGCAUCCAGCAGAAGGAGCACCGCACGGCGGCCGCGGCGGAGCGGCCCAACGACCUGCGCUGCUACGUGUGCGAGAGCAUGGACCCGCUGUACGGGCACAGCUGCGUGCACGCCCCGGCCACGCAGAAGCAGUUCGAGAAGCGCUGCCGCGACGACGCGAGGAUCUGCAUGACCAAGAGGUUCUCGUACACGACGUCGACGGAGAACACGACGUCGGAGCCGCGCCUCUUCUCCAUGGACCGCAACUGCACGUCCAAGUGCGAGCCGGGCUGUAUCAUCAUCGGCGAGCGGACCAAGCUGUACGCGUGCACCGAGUGCUGCGAGAGCAACCUGUGCAACACGGGCAACGGGGCGGGCCCGCGCCGCCCCUCCUGGGGCGCCCUGCUGCCCUACGUCUACGUGCCGCUGCUCGCGCCCUGGCUCCUGCACUGACCGACGUCCCUCGGGAGGCGCCAUCCCGAGGGGCAUGGCCUCGGUCGCGGCCCUGGGCACGGCCCCGGGCACGGCCUCGGGCACGGCCCCGGGCACGACCUCGGGCACGACCUCGGGCACGACCUCGGGCACGGCCCCGGGCACGGCCCCGGGUACGGCCCUGCCCCUGGACUUGGGCUCCGGCCCUGCUGCAGAACACGCGCCUGGGCCGGGCGAGGUCGCGGGACUACAACAGGCCCCGCGGCCCCCAGCAGCCCGCUGCUGCGGGCGAGUGGCGACAAUCCGUUCGCAUCUCAAGGACUCAUUCAUUCCCACUGACUUAGUUAUGGCAUUAUUAAAUUAUUUUUCAUUCACAAACUCGUGACAUAAUCCAUACUUCUGUUCACUUUUUGUCUGUGUACUUGAGACCAAGUAGUAAAGCAACUAGUGCUGCCCAAAGAUUUUGUCUUACAUUUUGUACGGAGCGGGCCCAGACGACUUCAGAAUCAUUGCAGUCAAUUUGAGGGGUGCUUUCUCGACCGGUGUCUGCGGUCACGAUCUAAUCGCCCUCCUUCCCGAAGAUGUUUGCGUUGCGAAGACAUUACCGAUUGCAAUAUUUUCUCUUUCUCUCUCUUUCUCUCAUUUUUGUUACCGUAGGUAGUGUCUAAAACAAUACAAAGGGGCACACCCCACCCCAAACCCAGCAGUGUUUUACAAGAGAAGCAGGGAAUUCCAACUACUGAUCAAUUUCUGAAUCAAUCCCCUUGUUGCCGCUUGUCGGCUUGUCGCUCUGUGGACAGCGUGCGAAUGGGAUGGGGAAGCCCCACUCGGGACCAAGGCUAGACAAGUCAUAGGCGGCUCGCUCUUUCGCGCUCCGCGUCCGAGUGGCCGCUCAAUUUUAGAGCUUAAGUCGAUCCAGCAACAGAUUUGGAGUGGAUUAUAAUAUUUGUUGGUAACUCGCGGUUUGUUCAGACAAUUAAUUCAAGGUGUAUUUUGUAUUUUUAUCGUUAUUCUACCGUUGUUCGCUUUGUUCCCCCUCACCGGAAGCUCCUUGAAGCGCCCAUUAAAUGCGUCACACCUCAUAUGGAACAUUUCAAGCUCAUGUCUACGCGCAUUUAAUGCACUAGCACUUCAGGGAAGUCCCCCUCUCGUCUCGUCUCUACAAUAGUGCUGGAAGUGGACAAAGCUGAAUGUCAGCUGCUGCGAGGACGAUUGAUUUAUAACACUUUAUUAUUCCAUAUUUGUGAGACUUGCACACUGAAAUCUCAUAUUAAAUGUAUGAGGGCGUUGUGUGCAUCUGGAGUAUGAGGGAUAUUUGAUCUUGUACUUUUUCUUUUGUAAAUAUAACACAAGUGUACACAACUUCCUUUUUAAAAUAUUGUACAUUUUUAAAAACAUUGACUUUAAAUACUAGUAAUAUGCUGGUGGUGUUUUUCACUGACUAAAGCAAAAAUCAACCAAAUAAUGGUGUUGAGCAUUUAAUAAAAAAUCAGAUUGUUAGAGCUGGAAGGCUACAGAAAUACUUCCGUACUUUCUAAUGUAUAAUUUGCAAAUAUGAAAUCUGCUCAAAAUUUUGAAGAGAAAAACGAGGUACUACUGUUACUAUAGCAUCCUAAAUGCGUUCUGCCUGCAGCUCCUUCUGAUUUGCAAAAUGGUACGAAACAUUUUGCGAUGUUGAGGCGCAGCCAGUUUACCGUUUACUAUGCUUUCUUUUCUUAUUUUCUUUUUUGAAAGUGAAAGGUUCCAGAACAAUAAGUCAUGCAGCAAGAUCUCUUGCAGUUUUGGUUUCUUUCAUCAAGCUCUUUCUCAUUAAAGAGGAGCUGUGAACACAAGCCCUGCUCCAAUCACUCUUUCAAACCUUUUCUUCUUCAUCCAGUGACGGAUUGAAAUAAUGAUAAUAUGCAGAUUUUCAUAUCAACAAAAAUAGAUAUCUUUGUGUUUUUGUUAUUUUACAAAAUUGAAGUAAUUUUAUUGAGUCUCUCUUCCCUAAUAAACUAUUACAUUCAGUAAACAUAAAGAAAAAAUUAAAUAAGCCAAUGGCUAAUACUGACCAUUUAAAAUCAAUCGAAUUCACGCGACUACUUUGGCCAUUCCCUGUGAAUUUGAUAACACAAUGGGCAGCUGGUCCCUCCUAGCUUGUGUCCACAUCUCAUUUCAAAAUAUGAAUACCAGAGAAUACCAAAAAGAAAUAAAUAAGUGAGAAGGACUGCAAUAGGUCUGGGAAGACUGAUAAAUUAAAUUUUAAAAAUGUAAACAAACCAUAAAUAUUGAGCGUGCCUUUAAAGUAACGUUAAAAAUUUAAUGCAUCUUAAAGGCCAGUUUCUGAUUGGAGAGAUUAGCCAAAUAACUUCCUCUAAGUAACACUUGCAUCAUAAAAAACCCAAACAAUAGUUUUGUCUUUAAGUAUAAACUGAUGAGCGAUAAACAGGCUUUCUUUAUAUUCUUUAAUCAGUGCCCCAUCCAUAACAAUAACAUUAGAAUUUCGGACAUAUAUACUGCCAUCAGAUGAAUUAUCAAGGAAAUGGACGUUUUUGUAAUACUAUAAACCCUUCUUUAACUGAUCAAGUAAACUUGGUCUGUUUGAAAAUUUAUAAGAUCUUUCAAUAAUUAUAUUUUUAAGAUAUGAUAGUUUUAAAGCAUGCAAAAAGUGUGUACAGUACGUCCAAAUAUUACCCUUACAAGAUCAAGGGAAAAGCUGAUGUGACAUUUACCAGCAAAAAUGAUUUCCUAAGAGAGAAACUAAUUUUGAACUGUAUGAAGAAUUUUACCUCCUGAUUUAGAUCAUUUAUGGUAUGCUAAAUUUCAUGGACCAUAGACAUUGAAUCUUGUUAAUCCACUGAUGUUAUGUAAGAAGAUUGAACGUCAAUGAUCUUCAUGGUGUCGAAGAAGUUCUUGAUAUAAACAGCAUUGUGCAAAUAUCACCUGACCUGACCAUAGUGAUGUCAGGUGAUUAAGUUCUUUUCUGCUCAGUGAAACACAAAGGUCAACAGAAAGGACCAACCUGUGAUUUCGACAUGAUAGGAGUUUGCGAUAUAAAUAGGUAGAGCUAGCCCUAAGCGAAUUUUUCAUUUCAUUUCAUACAAAUACUGUAGAACUUAUUUUGUAUUCCUCACUGAUAAAAAUCUGCACUUUUCUUAAAUUUUUGAAAGCAAGUUUUAAACUCCCUUUACAAAAAGCCUUGCAUAGUAUCAGCUAUAUUAAAAAUUGAUUGCAUUAUUAAAAUUCACAGUCAUGUGUAUUUUUUUUCAAUCAUAAAAAAUUAAAAAAAAAAAUAGUUUGCAAAACAAAAUUUGAAAAAAGUUAAUGGUCAAUGGAGGUUAUACUGAAAUGAUUUUAAAAGGCCUAAGCCUUAAUUGUUAGUCAUGGAUUCCAAACAGGUCUAAUGUAUUUCUUCUCUUAUCUUUUCUUUAGUAAUUGGGGCCAUCUAGCAUUUUUAGAUAAUGGGUCCUGCUUACAAUGAUCCAAAUCGAUAUUUCCAUUAUUGUCAUGUAAAUAAUUCUUAAACUAUAAGGCUGUGGUCAAUCAGAUUGGCAAGUUUUCAUGUUAAGAAGGUCCUCGAACAUGGUUUACACUCUUGCUAGAGAGCAGGUUUGUGUCAAGCUGUAAAUUAUCUGUCAUCAAAUACUCCAAUGUUUUCCAAUAAAAUGUUCAAAUUGGAA